GAGGGCAAGCGAGGAUGGGAAAUUAUCAAUCAACCUAUAUUCAUUUUUGCAACCUUGCAAGUUACAAUCAAGCCCUAGAAUCUGAACCGAGCUGUCAGACCGGCCUAAACCCGGUUCAUGGAUACUGUAAUCACAAAAAAAUCACGGUAUAAGAGUUGUGUUCUUCCCGGGCGCUGGCUCUGAUGGUUAGGGUUGCCAAUAGAGGAGAGAAGGGAGGGAAUGGCGAAGUUCAAUGUGGUGCAGAAGCAGAAGCGAGCUCUUUUGGCGGAACGGAAGAGGGCUCUUCACGGCGAUCCUCAUACUGGGAAGCUCAGGAACAAGAGCAAGACCCAGCCCUGCUCUCUCUCCGGCAAGCGCCAGCGCAAGCUCCUUAAGAAAUGGCGCAGGGAGCAGAAGGAGGCAGUUGACAAGGGUCUGAUCACCAUGCAAGAUGUUGAAAUGACAGUUUCUGAAGGGACAUCUCAAGAUGCCAACAAAACUCCAACCAGAUUUCACUUGAAGAAGAAUCUGAAGUUUAAAAAGUUAAAGCACAAAGGGAAGAACAAAAGAAAAUCCUCAAAACCAGCUGCUGAGUUUUCAGUGGAAGCAAUGGUAGAAUAAAUGGUCAAAGAAGUGUAUUCAAUCAACUCAAUCCUCUUCUCUUAAUUGUUUUUUAGGGAUGCAGAGGCAGAUUUGUUUAGAAUAGUAUAAUCCUUCAUUUCACUUGUAACUAUCUUGAUGUAUCUUAACUAGACAGAGACAGCAUGCUAAUAUUAUUCGCUAUAAUUUGGGGUUUGUAUGAGAUUUGAAUAUUUGAUUCAGAUUUUAAAAUAUCAAAAAUUUUGGAUGUGUUCUAUGUCA